AAGUUACUUAGAAAGUUCAUCUCCCUCUCUCAAUUUGAAAUCAUUCCUCUUCCUCCUUCGUUCACUAGAAAAAUCUAGAGCAGCAGUAUGGCAGCAAGAGAAGAGGAGACUCUGAAGACGGCAGAAAUGGAGGUUGCAGCGGACGACGGAGUAGACUACGAGCACGACUCAAAGGAGACCGUUCUACAGAGGUACUUUUUGCAGGAGUGGAAACUCGUCAAAUCGCUUCUCGACGAUAUAGUUUCCGAUGGCCGCGUCUCCGAUCCCUCCGCCGUUCACAAGAUCAGAUCCAUUAUGGAUAAAUAUCAGGAGGAAGGUCAAUUGGUAGAGCCCUACCUGGAGAGCAUGGUUUCUCCUUUGAUGUUUAUUAUUAGAUCCAGAACGAUCGAACUAGAUGCUGAUUCUGAUGAGAUUCUUGAAAUAAUCAAACCUAUAUGCAUCAUUAUCUAUUGUCUCGUCACAGUUUGCGGAUACAAGGCUGUUACCAGGUUCUUUCCGCAUCAGGUUUCCGAUCUAGAGCUCGCGGUGUCUCUCCUGGAGAAGUGCCACAACACAGCUUCGGUUACGUCAUUGCGGCAAGAGAGUACCGGCGAGAUGGAGGCGAAAUGCGUAAUGCUUUUGUGGCUUUCUGUUCUUGUUUUGGUUCCUUUCGAUAUAUCAUCGAUUGAUACUAGCAUUGCAAGUAGCAGUAGUCUUGGCGAACAUGAGUUGGCUCCUCUUGUGAUGAGGAUAUUAGGCUUUUCGAAGGAUUAUCUUUCGAAUUCUGGCCCGAUGCGCACAAUGGCGGCAUUAGUUCUCUCCAGGCUUCUAACUCGACCGGAUAUGCCUAAGGCUUUUACCAGCUUUAUUGAGUGGACUCAUGAAGUGUUAUCAUCUAGAACAGAUGAUGUCAUGCAUCAUUUCCGUUUACUUGGCACCCUGGAAGCACUUGCUGCUAUUUUUAAGGCUGGCAGCAGGAAAGUGCUGUUGGAGGCGGUGCCAAGUGUUUGGCAUGAUGUUUCCGGGAUGAUCAAGUCAGGCACUGCAGCUACGAGUCCUUUGCUUCGCAAGUUUUUGGUAAAGUUAACUCAACGAAUUGGACUUACCUGCCUCCCUCAUCGUACACCAUCCUGGCGUUAUGUGGGCAGAACCAGCUCACUUGGAGAGAAUAUUGCUUUGAAUGCAACCAACAGAAAUUACCAAUUAAAUCAGAGUCUGUCUCUUGAAAACUCCAAAUCAGAAUUGGGUACUGACUACCCUGAAGAUGAAGAUAUGGAUGUGCCAGAUAUUUUAGAGGAAAUUAUUGAGAUGCUACUUUCAGGAUUGAAAGACACGGAUACUGUUGUGCGUUGGUCUGCUGCAAAGGGUAUUGGUCGUGUGACUUCACGAUUAACAUCUCGCCUCUCAGAAGAGGUUUUAUCAUCUGUAUUGGAGCUGUUUUCACCAGGCGAGGGAGAUGGUUCAUGGCAUGGGGGUUGUUUAGCAUUGGCUGAACUGGCACGUAGAGGAUUACUAUUACCUAGCAGUCUUCCCAAAGUUGUGCCUGUUGUUGUGAAGGCAUUGCAUUAUGAUGUUCGAAGAGGUCCACACAGUGUUGGAUCUCACGUACGUGAUGCUGCUGCCUAUGUUUGCUGGGCAUUUGGUCGUGCAUAUUAUCACACGGACAUGAGAAGCAUCUUGGAACAGCUUGCACCUCACCUAUUAACUGUUGCAUGCUUUGACCGUGAGGUAAAUUGUAGAAGAGCAGCUGCUGCAGCUUUUCAGGAGAAUGUUGGAAGACAAGGGAAUUACCCACAUGGCAUUGACAUAGUCAACACUGCAGAUUACUUUUCACUUUCAUCAAGAGUAAACUCGUACCUUCAUGUUGCUGUCUGUAUUGCUCAGUAUGAAGGGUAUCUUUAUGCAUUUGUCGAUGAACUUCUGUUUAACAAGAUCUGUCACUGGGAUAAGGGCUUGAGAGAACUUGCUGGAGAGGCACUUGCUGCUCUUGUCAAAUAUGAUGCUGCAUAUUUUGCUAACUAUGCCCUAGAGAAAUUGAUUCCUAGUACUCUGUCAUCUGAUUUAUGCACACGUCAUGGUGCAACCUUAGCAGCUGGGGAACUGGUUUUGGCAUUACAUCAGUGUGGUUUUGAGCUUCCCACUGAGAAACAGAAAAAUGUUGCUGGAAUUGUUCCUGCAAUUGAGAAAGCACGCCUCUACCGUGGGAAGGGUGGAGAGAUUAUGCGUGCAGCUGUCUCCCGGUUCAUCGAAUGUAUCUCCUUUUCUCACCUGUCAUUGCCAGAAAAAAUCAAACGAAGUUUGCUUGAUACCCUUAAUGAGAAUUUGAGACAUCCUAAUUCUCAGAUACAGGUUGCAGCUGUUAAGGCUGUGAAAAACUUUGUCCAAGCAUAUCUUAAUGCAGCUAAUGCCAGUUCUAGCAGUAUAACAUCAAAGUACCUGGAACUGCUGAGUGAUCCAAAUGUGGCUGUGAGAAGAGGAUCUGCAAUGGCAUUAGGUGUUUUGCCCUAUGAAUUUUUGGCAAAUCAGUGGAGAGAUGUGGUUCUGAAGCUAUGUAGUGCGUGUGCAAUUGAGGAGAACCCUGAGGAUAGGGAUGCUGAAGCACGUGUUAAUGCUGUCAAAGGACUUGUCUCUGUGUGUGAGACAUUAACCCAGGCAAGAGAAAAUUCUGAUGUCCAGACUGGAGAGGAAGACUUAUCUCUGUUUCAGCUGAUCAAGGAUGAAGUGAUGAUUAGUUUAUUUAAGGCUCUUGAUGACUAUUCUGUUGAUAACAGAGGUGAUGUUGGCUCUUGGGUUCGAGAGGCUGCCAUGGAAGGGCUCGAGAAAUGUACAUAUAUCCUCUGUAAGGGAGAUUCAGUGACUUCAACCCAGAAACUGGAUGAUCUCGAGUCCAUUCCAGAGCCAUCUAAUAGCAAUGUAGCUGAAAAUAGCCAAACCUGCUCAUUUUUUGAUGUGAAGCUUGCUACGAAUUUAGUCUGUGGAAUUGUUAAGCAAGCUGUAGAAAAGAUGGAUAAACUAAGAGAAACAGCUGCUAAGGUUCUCCAAAGGAUUCUGUACUGCAAAGUUAUUUUUAUCCCAUUUAUACCUCACAGGGAAAAGCUGGAAGAAAUUGUUCCUAAUGAAGCAGAUUUCAAGUGGGGAGUGCCAACUUUUUCAUAUCCACGAUUUGUUCAAUUACUUCAUUUUGACUGCUACAGUAAAUCAGUUCUCUCUGGUUUAGUUAUUUCUAUUGGUGGCCUGCAAGAUUCUCUGAGGAAGGCAGCGAUUUCUGCAUUGUUGGAGUAUCUUCAGAUGGAUGAAGACUUCAAUAAUAGAUCUAAAGAAUACAUGCUAUCUACUGACGUCCUCUGGGUUCUUCAGCAGUACAAUCGUUGUGAUAGGGUCGUUAUACCCACUUUGAAGACGAUUGAGAUUCUUUUCAGCAAGAAGAUAUUUUUAAAUAUGGAGGCUCAGACAACUUUCUGUGCUGGUGUUUUGGAUUCCUUGGUGGUUGAACUGAAAGGAACCAAGGACUUCUCUAAGUUAUAUGCAGGGAUUGCAAUACUUGGAUAUAUUUCUUCUGUUUCAGAUCCAAUAAGCACCCGGGCCUUCUCUCAACUUCUCACUUUUCUCAGCCAUCGAUACCCUAAGAUCCGGAAAGCUUCCGCUGAACAAGUUUAUCUAAUUCUCAUGCAAAAUGAAAGUCUUGUCCCAGAGGAGAAGGCAGAGAAGGCACUUGAAAUCAUUUCUGAAACUUGUUGGGAUGGUGACAUAGAAACAGCAAAGCAGCAAAAGUUGGAAUUGUAUACCAUUGCCGGUCUGGACGCUGGGCCACUUAAGGCCAGCAACAAAGUAUCAACAAAAGACAGCGACAAGAAGCUUGUGGCAGCAGACGAGAAUGCAUCUUACUCUUCUUUGGUCGAGUCAACUGGGUUCUAACUUCCUGAUCUGCUUAAACCGAGUAAGGUUUGCCUGUUAUACAAUUUUAAAUCUCUCAUUCACUUAGCUAUAUUUGGUUAAUUGAAACGGGAAAAGUAUUAUUUACAGGGGUUCAAGUGGAGUGAGUCUUUUGACUAAUGGUUAGAAUGAAGUCCAUUUAGGCUUGGCUUAAGCUCAAUUAUAAUUGAAUGCGUUUAACGUGUCCAACUUCUCAAGCUUAAACAAAAGCUUGAAAAUGUU